CUGCUGGAGGGUGAGAUCUCCCUAAUGACGAAGAACAACACGGACGCUGACAUGGUGUUCCUCCCGCUGGGCCGGCAGAUCAAGCUCGGUACCGUGGUCUUCACGCUCUCCGACGUCGCCAAGAGUCAGAAUGGAAAGAGAAGCACCCGGAGGCUCCUGAAAGAACUGAGGGAGGAGAUGAAAGAGACGGAGGGCAAGGUCAACAAGCUGCAGAGAGACUCGCCGUCCUCGUAUGAAGCGGAGGUGUCGCUGCAGCCUCGCGCAAACAAAGUGGUGUCGUCCGGACAGUGUACCCCGGACAACGUGGGCGAUAUCAAGAUAGACGAGACAGAAGAGGCGCUGGACAUCUGUACGGGGCAGGAGUGGCGCGGUCUGUUCCCCCCUCCCAGCCGGGACCCGAACAGACCAGGCCGGAGCUGUCUGGACAUCCUGUUCCGCGGGGACAGCCGAGGGGACGGCAUGUACUGGAUCAACCCCAAGAACAGAGCUGACAACAGGAACGCCUUCCGUGCGUACUGCGACAUGACCACGGCAGGGGGAGGCUGGACGCUGGUUGCCAAGGUAACAGACGACUACAGCUGGGUGUGUCCGGAGAAGCAGGGACAGUCAUGCGCAGAAUCGGUGAUCGACCCGAUGCAGGCAAACCUGUUCCACGAGAUUCACGAGCGCGACACGGUCCCGCUGACUGACGGGAUAGGACAGGACACGGGCGUGCAUCUCAAGAACAACAUCAUCAGGGACAUGUUCCUGCUAGGUCGUCAGUCCGUCCGGUUCAGUUUCGUGACCGAGACGUCUGAUUGGACGAUCAGUGAUGACGCGUACGCCGCCUUCGACGUCAACAAACCAAACGACAUGUUUAAGGACGGACUGUGGGGGGCGUACAGCACCGCCAACCUGGACUACACGUGGAACGUCAUCCGCCAGGCCAGGCAGGACAAGAAGUUCUCCGGGGACAUGGUCUGCUGGGGGAACAAAGCUGGAGAGAGCUACAGAUAUUACGACGAAGGUCUCCACAUGGGCAGCCCGGCGAAGGGCGGGAAACCUUGUCACCUAGCAACGAACGAGAACGAGAUCAUGAUGAAGAGUCUGUACGCCACGGUGAACAGUAACGGCCAGGCCAGCUGGAACCCCGCGCAGUUCGGCUUCCUCGGCGCCAAACUCAUGCAGGUGCCAAACGACAGAAUAGCCAUUUGGGUCAGAUGAUCGCGAUACGAAAACCUACAUCCUACAAUUUCGAAACAAUAUUUCUUUUUUCUGCUUCACUUUUACUGCAUUCUAUUAUACUGGACAUCUUUCUCAGCAAUUCAGAUAAUUCUUCAAAGGACAAAAAAGUGUCCUAAGUAAACAUAACGUCAGCUGCAUAAAGAGCCCCACUUCCCGCGGUGCUUCUCCAGUUUACCUUUCUUUAAGGCUAUGGAAUAUUCUACAUUUUGAAAAUAUUGUUUUCCUUUAAGAUUCUGGCAAGGUGUGUCAACAUAAGAGUCACUCCCUUGUAUCUCAAACUGAAUAGACGGUAGUGUACUUGUACGUAAAUUUUUCACAAAGAAAACAAGAUAUUCUGAUGGUUUGAAUUUCUGGGUGCGACUAAAAGACCUGACACUAAACAGUCGUCAGAAUCUACAUUAUGUAUAUUUGUCAGGAAUCAUAGAUGAUCUUUCUGUGUAUAAAUGUUGAUCCUAGGCAGCUAAUGUUGGAGUUCAGAUUAAAUUUGUAUUAUUUACGUCAUGGUAUCUGUGUAUAGUAAGCCAUAUAUGGCGAUGUACAUGUUACUUGUUCUUGAAAUUAUCACUAUUGUUGAAUGAAUGUUUAAACAUGUGGAACGUUUUCUCCAUCUUACAAAAGCAUACGUUGAGUUUUGAUAACGUUUGUUCAAAACCAUAUUAGAAACUACCUACGGACGAUUUUGCUCUUGUUGCUGUUCUUUUUGCUGUCGUUAUACCAUAUAUGCAUUUUUUUUGUUGGAACGUCGAUGUAAUUAAAGUUAUGUGAAU